AAUUAUAGUAAAUGCAUGCUCCAAACUUUUCCAAAGCCUAACAUUUAAGGAUCUGUCUUUACACGGUUGCUUCAUUAUUCUCCUUUUUGCCGGCGAAGAGAUGUCGAGUUCCUGCCAGAAAUCCAGCAGGGCAGCUGAGAGGUCCAGUUUCGUCAAUAUGUUGAGUCAGUACUUGAAGGAGAAGAGGAAUAUGGGAGAUCUUGCAGGCGGAAAUAUGGCUGCCAAAUUAGAAGCUAAAGGUACAUUUUCUUUCGUUUCCUUUUCUGUCCUUUACUUUCGUAAUUAUUGUUGUGGUAUACUGAUGUUUCUUAUUUCCUUUUUCUGUUUGCCAAUUUCUCAGGUUCGCCUGUGGCCAGGGCGGACCCAGAAUUUUUUUUUAAGAGGAUGGGAUAAUUUUUUAUAUAUUAAUUUAUAAAAUUUUUAAAUUUUAGUACGAGAUAAUUUUUCAUAUAAUCUUUAAAUUUAAGGAAUUAGCCUCCAUCGCAACGCCCUCCCUCCGCCACUGCCGGUGACGACGAUGAAUCUGUUGCCUAAUGUGGAAAAUUCUACUGAGAAUUCAAGACCGAAAGCCACUGCAUCGGCGUCUAAUGUCAAGCCUUCCGAUUUCUUCUCGAAUGUUUCCGGUGCCGGUAACUUAGGUUCGAUGGAAGAGGCUGCUAACAGGACUGAUUUCAGGAAGCCGGAAACGACGGAGAUGUUAAGACGCCUAAUAGAACAAAUCCUUAGAAAGGAAAAAGACAAGAUUAAGAAACCUGUAAUAAUAUAAGACAAAAAUGAUAAUGAUAAAGCUUAAAGUCAAUUGACCUGCCGCAAUAGACCGAAUACGUAUUUUUUAUUCACAACAACAAAACAUCAUGACACAGGUCACACAUGAAUUGAGAAAUUUAAGAUAAGUAGUUCUAGGAAUUGCAGUAAUCUUUAAUCCAUCCUACGAGGGAACAAUACAACCAGUAAGGAUGA